AUAUGGCCCCUCCCUAAGCUUCCGUGUUCAUCCUGUGAAGGGUGUUCUGGGCUCCCUCUUAGACUCUCCUGCUGUAAUACAUGCUUCUAGAAACUUCUUUCUUCCCAGAAAAAUCCUGAAAUCCUCCUACCAGGGAGACUGGGGUCCUAGUGACCUCCUUGUGUGGCUUCUGGCCCUCUUUAGGAUUUACGUCCACUGGCCUGAGGCUAGAGAUGGCCACUUCAUCCCACAGAGGAGCAGCUGGAGGAAGCCAGGUGGAGCGCAGAAGCUGUGAGACAUCGAUAGGAUAUGGGGAAGGACAAAGCACCAGCCGGGACCAGGAGGAUAAUUUCAAGCGGAGCCAGGGAACAUCCACACUGCGGCUCCUGAUGUUAGGGAAACACGGCGCAGGCAAAAGCGCCACAGCAAACACCAUUCUGGGUAAGGCCGUGUUCGAGUCCAAGUUCAGUGAUCACAUGGUCACCACCCGGUGCCAGAGUGAGAGUGUGUCCCUGAAAGGGGAGCAGCGGGUCAUUGUCAUCGACACCCCGGAUCUUUUCUCCUCCCUGGCCUGUGAGGAGGUCAGGAAGCAAAACCUGAAGCAGUGCCUGGAGCUGCUGACGGCUGAUGGACGCCAAGUGCUGCUCCUGGUCACUCCCAUUGGCCACUAUACAGAGGAGGACAGGGACACCAUUGAGGGCAUCGAGGGUUUGUUUGGCCCUAACGCCUACCGUCACAUGAUCGUGGUCUUCACUCGGGAAGAUGAGCUGGGUGAAGACUCGCUGAAGGACUACAUCAUAAGCAAGAGCUCUCUUAAGGCGUUGCUUGAAAACACUGGAGGUCGAUACUGUGCUUUCAACAACAAGGCAGACAAGGAGCAGCGGGAACAGCAGGUGUUCCGGCUCCUCGAUAUGGUUAAGCAGUUGAUGGUGGAGAGCCCGGGGCAUCUUGUGCCCUUGAAUGUGGAAGACAAUGGAGUCCAGGUUUGUGGGAGUAGAGCUCCAUAUGAAGGAGGAGACCAUCUGUGUGGUCCAGAGAAGAAACAGCCUCCUAUUACAGGACCUGAUCAGGAUGUAGAGAUGCCAGAACUGAGGGUCCUCCUCAUGGGGAAGCGUGGUGUUGGGAAAAGUGCAGCAGGAAACAGCAUUCUGGGGAAGCGGCCCUUUAAGAUUCAACUCAGUGAGCAGGGGGUCACCAAGGACUUUUCAUGCCACAGCAGGGUCUGGAAUGGGAAGAAAGUUCUGGUCAUUGAUUCUCCAGAGAUCUUAUCAUGGAGGCCUGAUGCAGCUGAUAUCAAGAAGCACAUCUCUCCAGGUCCCCAUGCCCUCCUGCUGGUGACACCACUGCACUCUUUGAUAAAGAGUGAUGACAAAAUGUUCAGCCAGGUCAAACGCAUCUUUGGAGAAAAAUUCACCAAGUUCACAAUUAUUCUCUUUACCAGAAAAGAAGAUUUGGAGGGUCAGGAUCUAGAAGAAUUUAUAGAGAAAAAUAGUGAUCUCCACAGUCUCACCAUGACAUUUGAAAAAAGAUACACGGCUUUCAACUACCGGGUAACCGGGGAGGAGGAGCAGAAGCAGGUGGACGAACUCCUGGGCCAGGUGGAGAGCAUGGUGCAGCGCAACAGCAACAGACCCUGCAUCCUCCGAGAGAAAGAACUCUUAAACAUCAUCCUCAUAGGAAGGAGUGGGACCGGAAAGAGCGCAACUGGGAACACGAUCUUGGGGAGACCUGCCUUUCUGUCUCAACUCGGAGCUCAGCCUGUCACCACUAGAAGCCAGAGUGGGAGGAGGACGGUGGACUGGCAGGAUAUUGUGGUUGUGGACACUCCAUCAUUCAGCCAGUUGCCUGAGAUUCAAAAGGACCCUUCCAGGAUGGAGGAGGAGGUCAACUACUGUUUGUCUCUCUGUGAAGAAGGAAUGAAGGUUUUCGUCCUGGUGGUCCAGUUGGGUCGGUUCACCCACGAAGACGAGGCAGCAGCGGAGCAACUGGAGGCCAUUCUUAAGGAAAAAAUUAUGAUUGUGCUGUUCACACGAAAGGAGGACCUAGGGGACGGGAACCUUCGUGACUACACUAGUAACACAAAGAACAAAGCCCUUAAAAGAAUACUUAAAAAGUGCAAGGAGCGAGUUUGUGCUUUUAAUAACAAAGAGACGGGUCAAGACAGGGAGGCCCAGGUGAAAGAGCUGUUGACAUUGGCCAAUAGUCUCAGACAGAACUGUGGUGAGCAUUCACAUUCAAGGGUGGUUUUGGACCAGUUUAAAACAGUAGGCCAACACAUUUCUAGGUUUUUUCAAAAUGAUGAGCUCAAGUGAGCAAUUAAAAGGUCUGGGGACACAGGGAUGCCAUCAGACAGAGGUGGGUGGGAUGAGGGAUGGCAUGACUGGAGGGGGGGUUCCUCUCAAAGAAAGUUCACGACUUUGAAGCUUGAGGGAUAAACGCACCUCAUGUUGGGCAUGGCAGAAAGUGGAUGUGAGCAUCAGCAUUCCAACUUCAUUCUGUCUUUGUGCCCGGCCUCACUGGUGUGGGACACUUACUCAUGGUGUUCUGUGCAUGGCUGCGAAGAUCUGCUGGAAGUUGCUUGAGGUGGACAGCAUGUGAGAUGAACAAUAUGAAACUUCUGCAAGGUAUAGUAAGGGUCAGGCAUUUUAAAUAUCGGUUACUUUCAUAUGUACCUUGAGAAUAUAUAUAUAUAUAUAUCUGUGUGUGUGUUUAGUUAGCUUCAAGAUUAACCUAUUGGUAGGAUAAUGAAGUCUGGAAAUUGAUAUUUUUUUGAUAAUAUACUUUAUCUUAGCCAAAAGGCUGAGAAGUGAUUCCACUAUAAUUGAAUGCUACAUAUGUCUUUACAUGGUAAUGUCUAGAAAAUGUAUGUGUAAAUACAUUGAGUUGAAUCAGAUAAUAAAGAUGAAUUGGAUUAUGACUUUA